UCCGCUCCUGCGCGCUGGGGCUCCGGCGGACCGCGCUGUCUGGACGUGAUGGCCGCUUCCCGCUUACCCCCAGCGACGCUAACGCUAAAGCAGUUCGUGAGAAGGCAACAAGUUCUCCUCCUCUACAGAAGGAUUUUGCAGGCAAUUCGGCAAGUUCCAAAUGAUUCUGAUCGCAAAUACCUGAAGGACUGGGCAAGGGAAGAAUUCAAAAGAAACAAAAGUGCCACCGAAGAGGAUACAAUCCGGAUGAUGAUUACUCAAGGCAAUAUGCAGCUCAAAGAGUUAGAAAAAACACUUGCUUUAGCCAGAUCUUAACUACAGCAUUAUUCUGAAAGGUUUUCAAAGUCUCCAUGUGUUUAAUUGAGCUUAGGCUCAACAGUGGGUAGCCCAAAGCCAAGUGAAACCAUCUGUACAUAGAGCCCUUGAGCAAAAUAUCAGAAACAUGGAGCAUGGCCUAUCAGAGAGAGCCAAGAAAAGGGCAUAAGAGCAAUCGUCUUAGCACUGAAAACAUACCUUUUAUUUUGAAAAUGUUCUUGGAUAUUUCAGUUUUUGGAAGAAGCAAAAAUCAGUACAAUAGAUAGCACAUAAAAAGAUGUUCAACACCAUUAAUCAUUAGGAAAAUGCAAAUCAAAACCACCAAGAGAUACUAUUUACAUCCACUAGAAUGGCUAUAAUUAAAAAGGGAGAUAGGGCUUCCCUGGUGGCGCAGUGGUUGAGAGUCCACCUGCCGAUGCAGGGGACAUAGGUUCGUGCCCCGGUCCGGGAAGAUCCCACAUGCCGCGGAGCGGCUAGGCCCCGUGAGCCAUGGCCGCUGAGCCUGCGCGUCCAGAGCCUAUGCUCCGCAACGGGAGAGGCCACAACAGUGAAGAGGCCCGCGUACCGCCAAAAAAAAAAAAAAAAAAAAAAAGGGAGGUAAUUGCAAAUGUUGGUGAGGAUGUGGAGAAACUGGAACCCUUAAACACUGCUGGUGGGACUAUAAAAUUGUGCAGCCACUUUGGAAAAAAGACCGUCAGUUGCCCAAAAGGUUAAACAGCAUUAUUCAUAAUAGCCAAAAAGUAGACAAUCUAAAUGCCCAUCAGCUGAUUAAUGGAUAAGUAAAACGUGGUCUACCCAUACAAUAAAAUAUUAUUUAGCAAACAAAAAGUGAUGAAGUACUGAUACAUGCUACACCUGGAUGAACCUUGAACAUUAAGUGACCAGUCACAAAAGAUCAUGUAUCGUAUGAUUCUAUUUAUAUGAAUGCAUAACUCUGAAUAUACUAAAAUCUACUGAACUGUACAUCUUACAGGUAUGAUAUGUGAAUUAUAUCUGAAUAAAGCCAUUUUUCCCCAAUUUUUUUGGAAAUAUAAUUGAUAUAUAAUAUUGUGUAAGUCAAUUAAGCUGUUUUAAAACAGUGUGAGGUAUAGGGCUGGAGGUGUACUGACCUCAGGAGACACCAUGGAGCUUCCUUGGAAAGUCCUUCUGCAUUAACCCUCAGGGUUGUUGAGGUAUGUUCUUCAGAUGUGUUGCAUCUGAUACUCAAGAGGACUUUCCAAAAAGGUUCACCACUGGGAAUCUAGAACUUUGUAGGAAAAAGAAGAGAGAGAAGUUUAACAAAUGCACUGAAGCACCUACCAAAAAGAAGAGGCAACUCCUGGUCAAAACUAAUGUGGUUACCUCAAUAUCCACAUGGAAAGUAAAAUAAAUCAUUAAUUAAGGAAGCUCCUCAGUGCAUUAGGUUCUCCUCCAGUGACAGGAGAAAACAGAGUUUGAAGAAUACGUUAGAGACAGAAGUUGACUUCAGGACACUUUUGAAAGAGACCAAAUGUGUUUAACAGUUAAUUUAGUGAAAGUGAAAGCUCGUGGAAGAGGCUGGGAUUGGCAGUUCACCUGCAGAACAAAUCUAAAAAGUUAAUCCAAGAAUCAAAGCAGCAUCUGAAAGAUGUGGAAAAACUUUUGCAGGGUAAACAGUGUCUCGUGUUGGACCGUGUGCCACUGGAGAGGUGUAAACCGGUGGUGUGUCACUAACGUGCAUUCCGAGCCACGCUGGCCCUUCCACAGCUCCAGAACCCACAAGACAAAAAUAAUCCUGAAUACCCUGCCACCGGGGGAUGGGCUAAUCUAAAAUGCUUGCCGAAGCCAAUUUUCAGGUUUUUAUAUAGAUGUACAUUAGUCAAGCCAUCUGAUGAACAGAGGAAAAGCAUGUGUGAAGAGCUUCUGAACAGAGAACCUUAGAAAGACCUACUCUUGUGUGUGGCAUGACUGGCAAAUACUCAAGUACAGGUUAAUCUCUAGUAAAUCUAAAAUCUUGAAGCUAAAAGCCUUCCUUUUAUGACGUGUGACAAGCAGUGACUUUGAUGUUCUUCCUAGCAGCACUGUAUGUGGAAGAUGUAAGAGCAUCUGUGGUUUGUAUUUCCAAGAAUCAAAUACCACAGACUCCCCAAGAAAACCUAAUGUGGGGUUUUGUUUUUUGUUUUUUUACGUGGACAAAACACGAAAAAUUGAAUUUUCAUCUUCCAGAGACUAAGACUAUUCUCAUGGACAAGCUUUUCCCUUCCUCUCUAAAGAACAGUUUAAUUUUAUUUGUUCACUCACAUCUUUGCUUAUCUCCUGAAUUAUAGGCCAAGUCCGUUGUUUAGCCCAAGGGAAGAUUUAUUUAGCAAUUUCUUCUCACAUUUGGAACCAUGGUCGUUGAGAUGUUGGCCAGUAUAGAACGCUGGUGAAACAUUUUAUUCAUCAUCUUCAUCAGUGUUUUGGAUUAGGCAAAUUAACUGUCUGGCUGUUCCCUGUAAACUAUACUCUUGUUUGAAUGUUGAAGCUUUGUUCCUAAAGUUUAAGAUGUCUGAAUGUUCAACUAAUGUAUAUUAACUACAAUAAAUCCAUCUUUAAACCCCUUUAUAUUAUUAUAUCUAUU